UUCCGGACGCGCUCUAAACUAAACUCUCGUCUAGCCCAGCGACUACGCUCGAAGUAUUCAAACUCGGGAUCAGGAUGGGCGGCUGCUUCUCCGGCGACGUGCGCGGCGGGAAGGAGGCCGUCGGCGGCGGCGGCAGCGGGAUGGGCCGCGGGCCGGCGGCGGCGGGGCAGGGCGGAGCGAACGAGGCGGUGGACCACUUCUUCCAGGGCCACGGGCUCCGCGGCCUCUACACCCCUCUCGAGUUAUCUUUUUCAGCUGCCAAGUUGAGGAAUAUGGAUGCUCUUUCUAAGAGUGAUCCUAUGUUGGUGAUUUAUGCAAAAAGGAAUGGAAGGCUAGAAGAGAUUGGCCGCACUGAAGUGAUACUGAAUUCACUGGAACCUUUGUGGAUUACAAAAGCUAUGAUAAAUUACCAAUUUGAGAUGGUGCAGCCGCUAGUGUUCAAGGUAUAUGACAUUGACACAAAGUACCAUAAUACACCAGUGAAGAUGCUGAACUUGGCUCAGCAAGAUUUCUUAGGAGAAGCAUCCUGCAAUUUAUCCGAGAUCAUCACGAAAUUCAACCAUAGCCUGACGUUAAACCUCCGAAGUGGUUCUGGACAUGCCCUUUUGAGCACAAUGACAGUACAUGCUGAAGAAACUUCUUCGUCGAGGAUGGCAGUUGAGAUGACAUUCCACUGCCAGAACCUGGAGAAUAAGGAUACAUUCUCCUUAAGCGAUCCCUUCUUGAGAAUAUCAAGACUGUCAGAAAAUUCUGCUGCUAUUCCUAUAUGUAAAACAGAGGUGGUGAUGAACAACUUAAACCCUGUUUGGAGGCCCAUAACACUGACGUCUCAACAGUACAGUAGCAAGGAUAACCCGCUGCUAGUUGAGUGCUUUGAUUUCGAUGACAGUGGCAACCAUGAACUUAUUGGGUCCCUUCAGACAACUAUCAGUCAGCUUGAAAAUCUAUAUAAUUCAAAGACUGGAGCAAACUUUUACAGCAAUAAGGGACAAAAGAAGAUGAAAGGACAGCUGUUCUUGAAUAAGUUCCACGAAAAAGUCCAACAUACUUUCUUGGACUAUAUUUCCAGCGGUUUUGAGCUCAAUUUUAUGGUGGCUGUAGAUUUCACUGCUUCAAAUGGUGACCCUCGUACACCACAGUCGUUGCACUACAUUGACCCCUCUGGCAGACCAAACUCGUACCAGCAGGCAAUACUAGGGGUUAGCGAAGUUCUGCAGUUUUAUGACAGUGAUAGGCGGUUCCCUGCAUGGGGUUUUGGUGCAAAGAUACCACAAGGAUUUAUAUCUCACUGCUUCAACUUGAAUGCAACUACCAAUGACUGUGAGGUAGUUGGAGUUGACGGCAUCAUGUCUGCCUACUCCUCUACUCUUUACAGUGUUGCUCUUGCUGGGCCAACCUUGUUUGGGCCCGUGGUCACCAAAGCUGCAGAAAUUGCCAACCAUGCCGUGCAGUAUUCAAACAACAAAUAUUUUGUGUUGCUCAUUAUCACGGAUGGUGUUAUCACUGACGUGCAAGAAACAAAAGAUGCUAUUGUGAGGGCGUCAGACUUGCCUUUGUCAAUCCUCGUUGUAGGAGUUGGAACUGCUGAUUUCACACAAAUGAGGAUCCUAGAUGCAGACUUCGGUAAGCGGCUGGAGAGCUCGACCGGCAGGAUCGCCACACGCGACAUCGUCCAGUUUGUCCCCGUGCAAGAAGUCCAAGCAGGUGGGACGGUCACCGUCGUCCAAUCUCUCCUGGAGGAGCUGCCCGGGCAGUUCCUGGAGUACAUGCGCACCCGGGACAUCAAGCCGCUCCCUCCCCAGCACGCCUCGGCACCGGCUUACGCUCCUCCCCCUCCCCAGCUGUGAAGCAGCUCUGCCGCUCCACAGGAUCGAGCUGGUCUGCCUGCGCGUGCGUGCCACCAGCUAGCAAUUGUAGAUUCUGCCAUCUAUCUUCUUUAGGCCUGUCUGGGCUGCAUUUGCCUUCAGUGUCGCCGCAUCUGCGCCCUGGAUCCGACUUUAUUAGGGGUAAUGAAAGCCCAUCGGUAGUUUUUCGUCCAGGUUUAGUUGGUCACCGCAAGCACUACCUAUG